GAAAUGGACGAUGCGCUGGACUUGCCUCGUCCGCGGCCGGGCGCGGGAGGCAGGGGUGCUUGCCCCGAGUGCGUGGCAGCCAGGACAGGCCCGGCUGCGUGGUUUCUCAGGGUUGGCUUGACGCUGUCUGACGUGCCUUUGGGGACCUGGAAACACAGCAAUGACCCAGCAAGGAGUGUGGCCCAAGCGCCCGGAGAAGGGAGAACUAGCCCCAUGGCCGCUCAGAACAGUGCCCUGCUUUGCUUCCGCCUCCAGGAAUGCAGGCUCUCCUGGCAACGGCGGGUCCUGGGGCGGCCGUGCACAGGAGAGGGUGGGGCACCGAAGUGUGUUUGUCACAGCGCCCUUCGGCUGCGGGCGUGUUUUCCAGAGGGACGAGGGGGCUGCCGGUGGCCCUGCCGAUGGCCCCGCCUGGCUCAGAGCUCUGCUCCCACUGGGGGUGUUUGCCUUGAACCCCGAGCCUGCCCACCAGUGCCGUCACUAACUGCUUCCUUGGUGUCGGCAGUGACGCUUGGCUUGGGGUUCGGCAGCCUUGAUCGUGGAUGUGCCAUGCCGGCUCACUUGUUGAAAUGUGUUUGUGCCCUUCCAGUCGAUCUGACGUCCUUCGUGACCCACUUUGAAUGGGACAUGGCCAAAUAUCCCGCAAAGCAGCCGCUCGUGGGCGUGGUGGACACGCUGGCGAAGCAACUGGCACAGAUUGAGACAGACCUGAAGACCCGAACGGCCGCCUACAACACUCUGAAGACCAACCUGGAGAACCUGCAGAAGAAAUCCACGGGGAACCUCUUCACCCGGACACUGAGUGACAUUGUGAGCAAAGAAGACUUCGUGCUGGAUUCUGAAUAUCUCGUCACCCUUCUGGUUAUCGUCCCCAAAUCAAACUACACACAAUGGCAAAAAACCUACGAAUCUCUCUCGGACAUGGUAGUCCCUCGGUCGACCAAGUUGAUUACCGAGGACAGCGAGGGCGGCCUCUUCACGGUGACCCUGUUUCGAAAAGUGAUCGAUGAUUUCAAAACCAAAGCCAAGGAAAACAAGUUCACCGUCCGUGAAUUUUACUAUGAUGAAAAAGAAAUUAAGAGGGAGAGGGAAGAGCUGAGCAGGCUGCUGUCUGAUAAGAAGCAACAGUAUCAAACUUCCUGUGUUGCUCUUAAAAAGGGAUCAUCCACCUUCCCGGACCACAAGGUUAAGGUAACCCCGCUAGGUCACCCCGAUAGGCCCGCCGCGGGGCAGACCGACAGAGAGAGAGAGAGUGAGGGCGAGGGCGAGGGCCCCCUGCUGCGCUGGCUCAAGGUGAACUUCAGCGAAGCCUUCAUUGCCUGGAUCCACAUAAAGGCCCUGAGAGUGUUCGUGGAGUCCGUGCUCAGGUAUGGACUACCAGUGAACUUCCAGGCAGUGCUCCUGCAGCCACAUAAGAAGUCAUCCACCAAACGUUUAAGAGAGGUUCUAAACUCUGUCUUCAGACAUCUGGAUCAAGUAGCUGCUGCAAGUAUACUGGAUGCAUCUGUGGAGAUCCCUGGGUUGCAACUCAAUAACCAGGACUACUUUCCUUACGUCUACUUCCGCAUUGACCUUAGCCUUCUUGACUAGAGGUCAGCUGGCACCACCUUCACAUUCACGCAGAUGAAUACAGAUGCCUUUCCCUUAGCCAGGAAUACUUUUUAAUGACCUACAGAAUUUAGACUUCUUAGAGAAAUUGCUCACAAAAGUUAGUUACAGCUGUUAUUUAUUUUUUUUAAGUUACAAUUAAAUGCUUUCAAGUCCUUUGAA